AUGCUUACAAAUGGAACAGGAAUUUUGCUGAUUGGCGAAAGCAGUUAUAAAUCAAGCACCAAUGGAGUUCUUGCUAUUGUAGAAAAGGGAAAAGAAAUGGCUGACUCGUAUGAAAAAUAUUUAUCUGUAUCUAUUUCAGAAAUGAUAGGCUUUCUAAGCAAUAAUUCAAGCUCAAUUGAUUCUUUAGUUUGGCUUUUAAAACAAUGCCCAAAAAAUUAUUGUAGUAACGAGUUUUCUUUGAUUAAUAUUCAACAAAGGCAAAGGAUGUUAGUUGGGUCGAUAAAAAAUCAACAUUUGACUUUGAGCUCUGCAUUAAUUUUUCCAGGAAAUUCUACUAAUAUUCCAGUCUCUCACCCCAUUCGAGAAUGAUAA